AUGGGGGGGAUUGAGGUGUCCCUGCGAUGCUGGGGAAGGAGGGAAGGGACAGUUGCAGGGUCCCUGCCCUGGGAAGGGACAAUUGCAGGGUCCCUGCCCUGGGAAGGGACAGUUGCAGGGUCCCUGCCCUGGAAGGGACAAUUGCAGCGGUCCCUGCCCUGCUCCUGUCGCAGGCGGCGAUGGCAGCACCGCCCCGCCCUCCAGGUGACCAACGAGCCCAUCCUGGAGUUCAAGCCGGGGAGCCCCGAGCGAGCGGCGCUCCAGAAGGCCCUCGCUGACCUGAAGGGCAAGACCGAGGAGAUCCCGUGUGUGAUCGGGGGGGAGGAGGUGUGGACACCCACGGUGAGGUACCAGCUCUCGCCCUUUAACCAUGCACACAAGGUGGCCAAGUUCUGCUACGCCAGCAAGGAGCUCAUUAACAAAGCCAUUAACGCUGCCUUGGCAGCCAGGAAGGAAUGGGACCUGAAGCCUGUGCAGGACCGGGCACAGAUCUUCCUGAAGGCAGCUGACAUGCUGAGCGGCCCGCGGCGAGCAGAAGUGCUGGCCAAGACCAUGAUUGGGCAGGUGGGGGGCAGGAGAGGGUGUUGGGACAAGGAGUCACUAGUAGUCUCUAGUACAAUAAAGUACAGAUAUGUGUGUGAAGAGUGCAGGGCGUUGGGACAAGGAGUCACUAAUACAAUAAAGUACAGAUAUGUGUGUGAAGAGUGCAGGGCGUUGGGACAAGGAGUCACUAAUACAAUAAAGUACAGAUAUGUGUGUGAAGAGUGCAGGGCGUUGGGACAAGGAGUCACUAAUACAAUAAAGUACAGAUAUGUGUGUGAAGAGUGCAGGGCGUUGGGACAAGGAGUCACUAAUACAAUAAAGUACAGAUAUGUGUGUGAAGAGUGCAGGGCGUUGGGCCAAGGAGUCUCUAGUACAACGGGCUGCAGGGCUGCACAGUGUGCGUGGAGGGAACAGGGAGCACGGCGAUCAGGGCCAGGCUGCGGGUCGCCUGCGCCGCUCCGCGGGGAGCUCAGCCCGGCUGAGCGGCGCUCUGCUCCGCAGGGGAACGCGGUGCUGUGGAAGCCCAGCGACACCGCGCUGCUCUCCAGCUACGCCGUCUACCAGGUCCUGCUGGAGGCCGGGCUGCCCCCCAACGUGGUGCAGUUCGUGCCCGCCGACGGCCCCGAGUUCGGGGACGCGGUCACCGGCUCCGAGCACUUCUGCGGCCUCAACUUCACGGGCAGCGUGCCCACUUUCAAGCGCCUCUGGAAGCAGGUCUCCGAAAACCUGGAUCGCUACCGCAACUUCCCGCGCCUGGCAGGAGGUACCAGCCCCUCCUGCCGCUUUUUGGGGUGCAGGGUUCCCAUCCCCUGUGGGCUGAGGGAGCAGUACUUCGCAACACCAAAAAAUGAAAGCUUUCCCAUCAUGUCUCUCCAUGCAAUAGCGCUCGCCAGCUUCAGCAGAACAGAAGUCUUCCAGCACCCCUGCUCUGAGAAGCCCACCCAGGACUUCGGGACGUUCUUCUCGGCGGUGAUCGAUGACAAGCCUGUCCCUGUCCCUCUCCUGUCCCUGUCCCCGUCCCUGUCCCUGUCCCUCUCCUGUCCCAGGGCUGCCAUCGAGGAGUCCCUCAGGCUGCUGCGCAACGCCGCCGGCAAUUUCUACAUCAACGACAAGUCCACGGGGGCCGUGGUGGCCCAGCAGCCCUUCGGGGGCUCCCGCAUCUCAGGCACCAAUGACAAGCCCGGGGGUCCCCACUACCUGCUGCGCUGGACGUCCCCUCAGGCCAUCAAGGAGACGCACGUUCCGCUGCGGGACUGGCGCUACGCCUACAUGCAGUGACCCUGGGGACACCUGGGGGGACAGCUGCCACCCCUCGCUGCUCUCGUGCUACUGAGCUCUAACCUCCUCUGCUUAGGAACUAUUUAAAAAAAAAAAAAAAAAAAAA